GUGGGUGCGACUAGUUCUCCAUCCACCAUGUCUUCUCCUCCUCAUGAUCCGGUUCGACUUGACGAAGACGACCCCAUGAAGGGCUCCGCCGAAGAAGAGGAAGGCGAAGGAGACGCGACUAUGAACGACGGAGCUGCGAUUAGUGACGACAGCUCAGAAGAGCCGGAGGAGGAUGAGGAAGAGGAGAAGAAAAUCAGAGAGGGCUUCAUUGUAGACGAAGACGAGGAAGAAGACGAUGACGAUGACGAAGAGGAGCGCCGUAGGAGGAAGAGGCGCAAACGGAAGCAUCGGAGGCACAGAGAGGAGGAAGAAGACCUAGAUGAUGAAGAUUUGGAACUGCUAGACGAAAACACUGGUGGCAAUCUCUCAAAAAAGCGCCUCACACGCCUGCGCCGUGGAGGAGACUCCGAUUCUUCACCACCCCGCAGGCGGAAACCUCUUGUCGAAUCUUCAGAUGACGAUUUAGACAAUGAUGACCUCGAACUUCCCCAAGUUCAAGACAUCCAGAGAAUCUGGGAUGACGGCGGGGGUCAAGACGACGACGAGGAUCUCAAUGACAUGGACGACUUUAUCGAGUACGAGGACGAAGAGGGUCAAGGUGCUAUGGACGAACGUGAGAGAGAGGCCCUACGCAAGGAACGCCGUCGAGAGCGACGCAAGGCAAUGCUUGGUUCCAGGGAGCUCGUCGGCAUUGACGCGAAUGCUUGGGACGAGAUUCACGAAGUGUUCGGCGAUGGGCAUGAAUACGACUGGGCAUUAGUAGAGGACGAGGAAGUCGAAUACGAUGCUGAGACCCUGAAACCCGAUAUGAAGUACCAGGACGUUUUUGAGCCCUCCGAAAUUCGCGAUCGUCUGUUGACAGAAGACGACGAUCUCAUUCGAGCGCAAGAUAUCCCUGAGCGCAUGCAACUGGCGUCUUCAUCAUUAUCUCAGUCUUCCACGCUAUCCUUGAAUAGAAGAUUGCCCGCCAACGACCUCGACGAGGCCGCUGAGUGGGUCGUGAAGCACCUCUCGGCGUUGAAAGAACGCGAUUUCUUCCGACCCGACGGACGUCAUCACCACCUGCUCUCAGACUUGAUCCAAGCUGUUACGCAAACUUUGAAGUUCCUCUUCAUGGACCUCCACGAGGUACCCUACAUCUGGACGCACCGCCGAGACUACAUCUCCUACUUCAAUCCGCGCGAUAUGAGGACUCGCGUAUCCUUGCUAUCUCUCGACGAACUCUGGCGCGUGCAAAGCCUUGGCCAGAAAUACUGUUCGUUGCUCGAGCGCCGUGCCGCUAUGGAGUCCUUAUAUCACAGGCUGGAGGCUUCUGAUGAAUAUUUCGAGAAGGAAAUCCGACCACGGAUCAAUAGCGUGGAAGUUGUAAUGGACACGACGGAAUGGUUAAGCAUGAAGUAUAAGGAGAAGAAGAAGGACAACUUUGAGCUCACAUUCCAUGAUGACGACGAGAAAGCCGAUGCCCCGAAACGGAAGCUUCCCAGUCGGCUCUCCAAUUACGAGGUUCUUAAGCGAAGCAUCGUGUCGAAGCUGGCGGAGGGCUUUGGACUGAUGCCACAUGAGGUUGUCCUGAACUUCUUGAAACCGCACGACCGGCCCCAUCUCGUUGAGGAUCAGGAGCUCAACCCUACCGCCUUCGCCGAGCAAUUCGCGGAUCCAGACCCCUCGAAGGCUCUUCCCGCUGAGAAAUUGCUAGAACGAGCGCGGAUGAUCCUUGCUACGGAGCUUGGCAAGGACCCCCUCCUCAGAGAAGAGAUCCGCCAAGUCUUCGUGACUUCAGCUCAAAUAUCCGUCCUGCCUACUGAACGGGGUAUCAGCAAGAUCGAUGAACACCAUCCUUACUUCAACUUCAAAUAUCUGUACCAGAAGCCGGUAGGAGAUAUGUUACAGGAUCCUCAGUUCCUGCACAUACUCGCUGCUGAAACGGAGCACCUGGUCACGGUGUCGGUUUCACUGCCUGGCGAUGUCAAGGCUGACUUUGAACGGAGGUUGCGUGAGGCCUUCGAGUCCAGCGGAUACAGUGAUUCUGCGACAGCCUGGAACGCAGAACGAUUCCGGGUCGUACAAGAUGUGGUCGACAAGCAUCUUGUUCCGGCUGGGGUUAAGCACGUUCGCGAAUGGUUGCGAGAGGAAAUAGAGGAUACCCUUGCUGCACAUUGUGCGGAUGUGCUUAGAGACCGGUUGGACGUCGCGCCAUACGUAACGCCAACGACGCAACAUGACGAAACCCCCUCGGUUCUAGCUAUCUCGUGGGGCAAGGGUGUUCCACAUCGCGACGACAUCACCGCGGUGUUUCUGGACGAAGCUGGCCGACUUCGUGAACAUACGAGAUUCGCUUCCUUGGACACGGAGAACCAAUCUGAGUUCAAGGACCUGGUUGAACGCAGGAAGCCUGAUGUUAUUGUCAUCGGCGGUUUCAGCAUGGCGACGGCGAGGCUUUCGAAGACCGUCAAGGAGGUCUUGAGGCCAGAUCUAGAUCCAGAUUCAACAUGGAGUGCUCCUGCGGAUAGAGGGCCACCCAUACCCGUCAUCUACGUAUUUGACGAAGUCGCUCGCAUCUAUCAACACAGCAAGCGCGCGGAAGGGGAGUUCGGGUCCUUAUCUUCCAUUGCCAAGUACUGUGUGGGUCUCGCGCGUUAUACGCAAAGUCCCCUCAACGAGUAUGCGGCGUUGGGUCGAGACCUCACGGCGAUUUCUCUUGACGAACAGAUGCAAUAUCAACAUCUGAUCCCUAAAGAGAAACUGCUCACUGCGCUGGAGCAUGCUUUGGUUGAUAUCGUGAACAAAGUGGGGGUAGACAUCAAUCGAGCGGUCAUCGACUCCUACUAUCAACACUUAUUGCCGUACGUCUGUGGUCUUGGACCACGUAAAGCGCAGGUCCUUGUCAAGAAGAUUGCUGCUUUGGGCGGCAAUGUUGUCAACCGCGAACAGUUCGUGAAAGCCGGUCUCUUGACAAGGAAUGUAUUCGUCAAUGCUGUUGCCUUCCUUCGUAUCACAGCCGACACGGACUCGAAACCCUCAAAGAACCGCCACAAUGAGGACGCUGACGUUGCCGAUCCUCUCGACAACACUCGCAUCCAUCCCGAAGAUUAUGAUCUCGCUCGGAAGAUGGCUAUAGAUGCUCUCGAGCUUGACGAAGAGGAUAUCGAGGGUGAACAUGCAUCUCACACAGUCUCGCUCAUUAUGCAAGAUCCGGAUAAUGUGAGGAAGUUGGAUGAGCUCAAUCUCGACGACUUCGCCCUCAGCAUGUUCGAGAACAACGAGGAUCGUAAGCGAUACACGCUGGAUCUCGUCAAGGCAGAGUUGGUGAAGCCAUUCGGCGAGAAGCGAGGCCCAUUCCAGCUUCCAACUGCCUGGGAUGUUUUGACUAUGCUGAGUGGAGAAACUCGUCGGACCCUCCAUAUAGGCUUUAUCGUCUCGGUCCUCGUCACCCGUAUCAAGCCGACCUUCGUUUCCGUUCGCUUGGACUCCGGUGUCGAGGGCAUGAUCAACACCAACUACCUCGCCGACCAGCCGGGGGUGGUUCCAGACGACGUAGUGAAGAAGGGGCAGACGAUCCCGGGUGUCGUCAUUGACAUCAAAAUGGAUCUCAACCACGACUCGUUCUUUGUCGAACUGUCGUCCCGACCAGCAGACGUUCAAGGUGGCGAUAGCCAGUUCCGUCGCGUCAAGCAUGACGACUGUUGGAAUCACGACCAACACGCCCGAGACACCGAGAUGCAAGCUCGGAAGAAGAGGGCGGAGAUAGGGCGCACUCGCCGUAUUAUCAAGCAUCCGAAUUUCCACAACUUCAACGCCACUCAAGCGGAACUCCACCUCGAGAACCAACAAAGGGGAGACGUGGUCAUUCGUCCUUCGUCAAAGGGUACGGACCACAUCGCUGUUACGUGGAAGGUGGACGAGCAUCUCUUCCAGCACAUCGACGUCGUCGAGUUGAAUGCCGAGCAGACCGGUGGAGCCGGUAGUCGCUUCGUUAUCGAGAAUGGCAAAUAUGAGUUUUCCGACCUUGAUGAACUCAUCGUGAACCACGUACAAGCUAUGGCACGACGAGUGGAAGAAUUGAUGGCACACGAGAAGUUCAAGGCUGGGGCGGAGGAAGAACUCCACCUUUUCCUUCGCAAUUUUGUCGCUGCCAAUCCUUCCAAGAGUGCUUAUGGCUUCACCCUUAACCGCAAGCGACCUGGUCACUUCAACCUCUGUUUCCUCGCUAACAAGAUCUCGUCGGUGCAAACAUGGCCCGUUCGAGUGGCACCGGAAGCCUACUAUCUAUACGAGACUGCGGCUCCAGGUGUAGCAGAGUUAUGUGAUGCCUUCAAAGUCCGACACGCGCAUGAGUCCCAAAAUUUGGGAGGUGCAGGAACUGGAGGGAAAACGCCAUAUGCAGCGCGUACGCCAGGGCGGGUUCCUGGGCAUGCGACGCCGGGGCACCGUUCCACUCGUCAAGUUGGAAGGACGCCGAAUCCGUAUUCAGGUGCGACCCCAGCAGCGCCGACCCCAGCAUGGGGCACGAGCGCCCCUCCCUCUGCCCCUCCUGCCAAUGGCUGGGGAGCUCCGCCUCCUCAAAGUGCCUUUGGCUACUCGACGCCCUCACAUUUCGGUGGUGCUCCUCCUCCACCACCACCAUCCACCGUUGGCCCCGCCAUGAAUCCCGAGAGAGCUCGUUUGAUUGAGAGCGGUGGUGGUAAUGCAUGGGCACAGACUCCCUCUCGAUGGUAACUCGCUAGUAUUGUUGUUGAUUGUAGCUCUACUGUACCUGGGUAAUUCUAGUUUGCUAUU